AUGGUAGUGCAGGACGUAGUGAGGCACUAUGGUAGGAAAGGAGUGAAACCUAGUUGUCUGAUGAAGAUAGACUUGCAGAAAGCCUAUGAUACUGUGGAUUGGCAGUUUCUGAGAGAAAUGAUGGAAUACUUGGAGUUUCCAGUGCAGUUUGUUAAUAUAGUAAUGGAAUGUGUCACUACACCUAUGUUUUCUUUGAUGAUCAAUGGCUCAAUGCAUGGUUUUUUCAAAUCCCAGAGAGGUUUGAGACAGGGUGAUCCCAUCUCCCCUCUUCUUUUUGUUAUCUGCAUGGAGUAUUUGUCAAGGAUAUUGCAGAAGAUGAGUGCCUUGUCACAGUUUCAGUUUCAUCCUAGAUGCAAAGAGGUUAGGCUCACUCACCUAUGCUUUGCUGAUGAUUUGAUUCUGUGCUGCAAAGGUGAAUAUCCUUCAAUUUAUCUGCUCUUGCAAGCUUUUAAGUUGUUUUCUAACUCUUCUGGUUUGAAAGCCAAUCAUCAGAAAUCAUCCAUAUAUUGUCAUGGAAUGUCUGAUGGUGAUGUUCAGAGGGUAGUGGAUGCUUCUGGUUUUGUCAGAAGCACCUUACCAUUUAAAUAUUUGGGAGUUCGCAUCUGUUCCAAAAAGAUUUCUGCAGCUCAGUGUGGGGUUUUGGUGGAUAAGAUGAUUACUAGGAUAAAAAUAUGGAGUUCUAGGAACCUUUCCUACACAUCUAGAAUGCAGUUAGUUAAUUCUGUCGUGCUUAGCUUGCAUAUGUACUGGACUCAGAUAUAUGUGCUCCCAAAGAGUGUUCUUCAAGAUAUUGUGAAGAUUUGCAGGGCUUUCCUUUUGAGUGGCCAUGCUUACAGUAGUAAACCAAGCAGCAUUGUCUGGGAAAGAAUUUGUUGUGACAAGCAGAGUGGUGGAUUGGGAUUUAGAGAUGUCCUGUUAUGGAAUAUUGCUAGUAUAGGCAAAUAUGUUUGGGCUUUGGCCACUAAACAGGACAAUGUCUGGAUUAAGUGGGUUACCUCAGUUUACUUAAAGGAUGGGGAAUGGUGGGAUUAUCAGCCUAACAAUACAGCUAGCUGGUAUUGGAAACAGGUAUGCAGUACUAAAGAGAAGCUCAAACUGGUGUUUACUGAAGCAGAAUUUGGUGCAAUGUCUAAAUAUUCUGUGAAGCAAGUCUAUAACAAGCUGGCAGGUAAUAGACCUAAGGUCCAUUGGGACAGAUUGGUGUGGAAUAGGCUUAAUACCCCAAAGCACAGGUUUAUUUCUUGGCUAGCAAUCCAAUCCAGGUUGCAAACUACAGCUAAAAUGGCUAAAAUUGGUAUCAGCAGCUCUGCAAGUUGGUUAAUUUGUGGACAGAAGGAUGAGGAUCAUCACCAUCUUUUCUUUGAUUGUUCCUACAGCAAGCAAUGUUUGGUUGCAAUGAAGGCAUGGUUGGGAAUUAACACUACUGCUGUUGAUUUACAUCAGUUAUAUAGAAGCAUCAAGCAUGGAAGACACUCUAAAUUCAGAAAGCAGGUAUACUAUGCAGCAAUUGUGGCACUGGUGUACUUAAUCUGGAGAUGCAGGAACACUAGUCUAUGGGAUCAGUUGGUUCCUGCUGUUAAAGUUACAGUUGGUACUUUGAAGCAAACUGUGAAGAGUAGAAUUCAAGCAAUCUUGCCUAAAUAUGUAAACAGGAAAGACAAUAGUUGGUUUGUGAGCUUAUAA